GAUGGCAUGAAAUUCACAAUAGGAGCAAGAUAAACUAGAUAAACUUCAGCUGCAAGAAAGACUCAGGUAAAUAAAUGAAAACUGAUCCUGGAGUCUGAGGCAAUGAAUGUAAUGAAUCACUCUGUAGUAUCAGAAUUUGUGUUCACAGGACUCACCAACUCAUGGGCGAUUCAGCUUCUACUUUUUGUUUUCUCUUUGUUGUUUUACUUUGCAAGCAUGAUGGGAAACCUUGUCAUUGUAUUCACUGUAACCACGGAUGCUCAUCUGCACUCCCCCAUGUAUUUCCUCCUGGCUAACCUCUCAGUCAUUGAUAUGGCAUUUUGCUCAAUUACAGCCCCUAAGAUGAUUUGUGAUAUUUUCCAGAAGCACAAAGCCAUCUCCUUUUGUGGAUGUAUUACUCAGAUCUUCUUUAGCCAUGCUGUUGGGGGCACUGAGAUGGUGCUGCUCAUUGCCAUGGCCUUUGACAGAUACAUGGCCAUAUGUAAGCCUCUUCACUACCUAACUGUCAUGAGCCCAAGAACAUGUCUAUACUUUUUAGCCACUUCCUUGAUCAUUGGCCUUAUUCACUCAUUGGUCCAGUUAGUUUUUGUGGUAGAUUUACCUUUCUGUGGCCCUAAUAUCUUCGACAGUUUUUACUGUGAUCUCCCUCGGCUCCUCAGACUUGCCUGCACAAAUACCCAAGAGUUGGAGUUCAUGGUCACUGUCAAUAGUGGACUCAUUUCUGUGGGCUCCUUUGUCUUGCUGAUAAUUUCCUACAUCUUCAUCCUGUUCACUGUUUGGAAACAUUCUUCAGGUGGUUUAUCCAAGGCCAUCUCCACCCUGUCAGCUCACGUCACUGUGGUCAUCUUGUUCUUUGGACCACUGAUGUUUUUCUACACAUGGCCUUCUCCCACAUCACACCUGGAUAAAUAUCUUGCUAUUUUUGAUGCAUUUGUUACUCCUUUUCUGAAUCCAGUCAUCUACACAUUCAGGAACAAGGACAUGAAAGUGGCAAUGAGGAGACUCUGCAAUCGUCUUGUGCAUUUUACAAAGAUUUUGUAAAUGGGUUGACUGUGAAGAUGUGUAACUAAGGAUUAUUUCCCAUGCUUGUUGCAUAAAAGAUACUCUGCAAUUUCAGACAAAUACUGAAGAAGACUCAGGCCAUAUUAUAUGCCUGAAAAUCUACUAAAUUAUGGUAACAAUUUCACCACUAAAUUAGAAGUGAUGUUACUGGGCACAGUGUGCAUCAAAGUGCUAAAUAUUAAAUCUUACAUCUUUUGUAACCAGUACUUUGAAAGACCUUGUUCUAGGAGUGCCACAUAAUUGAACAAAUAACAAUACUACAUCUUUUUUUCUAUUAGAUUAUUCUAUUGAUAAACUACACAUUCAAUUAAUCUGUUUACUAUCUCUAUUCCCCAUCUCGCUCUUUUUUUUUUUGAGACAGGGUCUCACUAUGUUGCCCAGGCUAGAGGGCAAUGGCACCAUUGUGGUUCACUGCAAUCUCUGCUCUCUGGCUCAGGGAUUCAACCAAUUCUCCUGCCUCAGCUUCCUGAGGGCUGGGAUUACAGGUGCCCAUCACAAUGACUGGCUAAUUUUUAUAUUUUUAGUAGAGAUGGAGUUUAACCAUGUUGGCCAAGCUGAUCUUGAACUCCUGACCUCAAGUGAUCCACCUGCCUAAGCCACCAAAAAUGCUGGUAUUACAGGCAUAAGCCACUGCAACUGGCCUGUUUAGUACCUAACACUCUCUAUUUUAAUUACUUUUGUUCCUAAACUGUUUGCUUUCUAUUGCUCCAGUCUCUAUAUAUUUUGCCUCCUUAUCAGGCUUCUCUCUCUGGCCAUCUGGAAAAUUGUUAGUCCUAUAUUUAGAAUAUUCAAAUUUAAAGCUAGAGUGUAUUACCAACACUGUUCGUUCUAAUCCCCUGAAAUUACACAUCGUAAAAUCUAAGAACCGAGCAGUGACUAGUCUGCCCAAAGGCACACAGCUGGAAAUCAUCAAAGAGAACCAGGCAUCAGAAACCAUAACUCUGGUUCCUAGUUCAGUGCCCUUUCACUUUCAGAUUAAUUGUGUUUUUGAUUUGAUGCUCAUUUUCCAAUCUUCCAGCUUUUCCUGUAGGCCUAAUUUUGAGUCUAUUUGAAAAGAGAGCAUUAAAAUGAUCAUUUGUAUUCCUUCCUACCAGUAAAUCAUCAGCAUUUAGUAUUUUAUCAUUUCUGAAUCCUCCUCUAAUGUCUACCACCACCACACAUUUCCUUGUUCAAGUCCUACCAAAGCUGAAUUUUUAAAUCAUUCCUCUAAUUAUGAAAAAAAGCUUGAACUUAUAACAGUAUUCUUUUGUCUGUGGUAGUAGUCACAGAGACCCUUGAUUCAAUUUUAUAGGUUUGAAGUUCAUUCCAUUACUUAUAGUUGAUGAUGUUUCUUCUUUUGGGAAACAAAAAUGCAAUUGGUGAAUUACAUAAGUUACACUAAGAUAUUUAUGCCUCUUUUUUAGGAGGAUAAACUUCAAAUAUUUCAGCAAAAAUUAAAAUAUUUAUAAAAUACGUAUGAAAAUUCUUUACUCCAAAAUUCUGUGGCUUUCAAUCUAAUAUUGUUACUAAAAUAUAGAAACAAAACUAUUAAUUGAUGUUUCCAUCAUGAGGUAAUGACACUCUGAUUAUCUUUCAGCAUUUGUGUCCUAGGGGAGCUGAUAACUGAUUUUACUCAUAGAGUGCUUCUAAUGGUCCAGGUACUGUUCUAAGUGCUUUAUUUGAAUCCUAUGAAGUGGCUUCUCUCAUUCCCAUUUUAGAGAGGAGGUGUCUGAGGCACAAAGUUGCUAAAUAUCCUCAAGGUUAUGAAGUAGUAAGUCUUGAUUCAAAGUCUGCUAGUUUGAAUUCAGAGUUUGUUCUCACAACCUGUGUGGUAUAAUGUGUCUCUGGGAAUAAAAUGUAUCAAAAUA